AUGGCGAGUCACUUUAUAAGCUUUGCAGCUUCAAUUGCUUUCCUUCAGCAGUUUGAGAUGUUGUUCGUUCCACUGGGGCUAGGUAGACAUCUUGAAAACGGUCGCAGCCUCUUUAGCAAGCUCAACAGGGCGUUCAGUCCAUGUAUAUCCACAUCUCACAUUUCAACCAGACAUCUAUCUUUGAGACCCAAUCUAUCGAAGUUUAAAAUGAUCCCUUCACCUCCGGGAGGAGUGAAGGGGGGAAUGAACGAUGCAUUCCAAGCUCCUGAGCCAAAUCAUUUUCAUGGAUCUUACCAUUGGGAUUACGAAAGAAUUACCGCAGCUUCGUUACUACCAUUGACCACAAUACCUUUAUAUAUUUCCUUGAAUGGUGGCGUUGUGCAUCCACUGCUCGAUGCGUCCCUGUGCGUUAUGCUGAUAGUCCACGCCCAUUACGGAUUCAUGAGUUGCAUUAUAGAUUACAUACCAAAGAGAAAAUUUGGUAUAUGGCACGAUAUGGCACGCUAUUUACUUUAUGGCGGCUCAGCACUUGCGCUUUAUGGAGUUUAUGACCUUGAAACGAGAAAUAACGGUGUUGUAGAUCUCAUUGGUAAGCUAUGGAGCGACGAAGAUAGCGGAUUGUCUAUAUUCAGUACCAGAUGA